CUGGAGGCUGGCCGCGAUCGCAUUUUCACCGCCUUGAAGAGAGUGGAGAAGAGCAGCUCUGUCAAGUGUCGGCGUCGCAGCUCACCGGAGUCACCAUGUCACUGUUUGACGGCAUUAAGAACACCAACAUGCGGGUGAAGCUUCCCGUACUGUGCUUCAUCCUGGAACUUGCUAUGAUCAUCCUCUUUGGGGUAUUUAUUCGAUACAACGAUCACGCAGAUGCCCAUUACAUCGUAAACAACACGAACACUACCUAUCUGAACGAAUUUUAUUUCAGGUAUCCAAGCUUCCAGGAUGUUCAUGUCAUGAUAUUUGUUGGCUUCGGCUUUCUUAUGACUUUUCUGCAACGAUACAGUUUUAGUGCAGUGGGCUUCAACUUUCUGGUUGCUGCCUUUGGAAUUCAGUGGGCUCUCCUAAUGCAGGGCUGGUUUGGGUCUUUAAACUAUUCCACUGGAAAGAUCCUUAUUGGAGUAGAAAACUUGAUCAAUGCAGACUUUUGUGUAGCCUCUUGCCUGAUAGCAUAUGGAGGAGUGCUUGGGAAAACAAGUCCUGUUCAGCUCAUGAUUAUGACACUUAUUGGAGUAACACUGUAUGCAGUGGAAGAACACAUCAUCUUAAAGUUGCUUCAUGCUCGAGAUGCUGGAGGCUCCAUGGUCAUUCAUAUUUUUGGAGCAUACUAUGGUUUAGCUAUCAGUCGUGUUCUUUACAGACCUAAAUUGAAUCAAGAGAAAAAUGGCUCAGUCUACCAUUCAGAUGUCUUUGCUAUGAUUGGAACCCUGUUCUUAUGGCUGUUCUGGCCAAGCUUCAACUCCGCCAUUUCAAACACUGGGGACGGUCAACACCGAGCCAUGAUUAAUACCUAUGUGUCGUUAUCUGCUUCAGUUGUAACUGCUGUUGCUAUCUCCAGCUUGACACAGAAGAAAGGAAAGCUUGACAUGGUGCACAUUCAGAAUGCAACAUUGGCAGGGGGUGUUGCCAUGGGAACGGCUAGUGAAAUGAUGGUGUCUUGUUAUGGUUCCUUGAUUGUUGGAUUUUGCUGUGGCAUCAUCUCCACAUUAGGAUAUGUCUACUUGAGUCCUUUACUGGAGUCUAAACUGCACAUCCAAGACACCUGUGGCAUCCAUAAUCUUCAUGCUAUGCCCGGGUUGAUUGGUGGCAUUGUGGGGGCAAUCACAGCAGCUGCUGCCACAGAGGGAGUUUACAGCAAAGAAGGAUUGGUUGAUUUAUUUGAGUUUAAGGAUGCAUUUGCAAAUCGUACUACCAGCACACAAGGUGGAUAUCAGGCAGCAGGAAUUUUUGUUGCUUUGGCUUUUGGACUUGUUGGGGGGACAGUGGUUGGUUUCAUUUUAAAGCUUCCCUUCUGGGGAGAUGCACCAGAUGAAAAUUGCUUUGAGGAUGAAGUAUAUUGGGAGGUUCCUGAGGAGGAGGACGAGAAGAGUCCACUGGCAGGUGCGACAUACGUCAACCAUGGAAACAACAAACCGGCUGAACCUUGAAUGCAAGAGCACUGAAGAUAUGAAAGGUUGUCACUGAAGCAGUUAUUUCACCAGUCCCGUGUUUCUUUCGCUGCACACACCCCUUCUUGCUGACAAUGCAUGGGAUGUAAAAUCAUGAUUGGGAUCAAGAAAUUUCUAUUUAUUUGAAAACUUUAUGUGUCCUUGGACAUAUCCGCCACCUUUUUGUUUAAUUUUAUAUAAGGACUUGACUUGUUUCAUACCAAGUACAGAAAAGGAGCCUCAGUUAUAAAGUGAAGUUACAAAGAAAUGCAAUAAUCAAACAGCUGAAUCCAGACAGGAAGUCAAUUCCAAAAAGCCUAAAAGUUAAUGGUUGAUUAUUAUGUUUCAGAUAUUUUCUUUAAAUAUAAUUUAUAUACAGCUGUAUAUUUAAAGGUCAUCCCAUUUUUCUUUGUAAACCAAGUGCUGAAAAAUCUCGCUCAAAAUGAUCUUUUCCAAUAUGCCUUUAAAUAUAUUGUUAUAGGCCUCCAUUUUCAUUUUUAAAUGAAUAUCUUGUAUUUAGUUAAAGUAAUUCACACGCAUAAUGUAGCUACACAAAGCUCACCAUAAUCCCAAAGUUCUGUUUGAUCUUUCUGACACAUAAUAUAGAAAAUGCAGCCAUUCUGUAACAGUGAAAGGAAGACUUUACUAUUGGGUUUAUGUGUAUAGUUCACAUUAGCUGGUUACUUUGGUAAUAUUUAUUACCAAACUCCAUUUUAAUUAAACAAUCUACCUGAGAUUUUAUAUAUAUAUAUACUUUUUUUCAAAAAAGUCCCAAUUGAGUUUAUAUAUUUGGAAUCUAAGGGCCAAGAGAGAGAAUACUAAAAAAUACAAAAUUAUAUCCGGCUUGAAUGUAUUAUAUUCUUCUUCUUCUUUCGGCUGCUCCCGUUAGGGGUUGCCACAGCGGAUCAUCUUGUUCCAUAUCUUUGAAUGUAUUAUCUUGCUUUCCAAAAAAAAAAUCUUCUAUCCUUCUCCUCAUUCAGGAAACACUAUAGCGAGGCAUAAUUAGCUGUCAGUAGUCAGCUUUUUGGCAUGCUGAGUUACGCCACGAUGAGGGCUGAGACCUUUGUUUUAACUCUUUCUGCAUUUCGAGAUAUUUGAUUCAGAAUCAGGACACCAUCCGGGAGGAACGACGGUUUAUUUUUUGAAUGUAUUGUGUAUGGUGGUACAACACAAUAUAAAGGUUCUUUGUUUAUGGGGCACAGCAGAGCAGCUGAAAUCUCUGUGUGCCACACUAUACAUCUAAUUGAUUUGAACAAAUGUACCCCUCCUGCAUGCCAUCAAAGCCCUGUGUAGACGUCACCCGCACUACAGGCAGUACCAUUCAUUAAACCGAUGCUUCUCUGAGUGGUUUCGUCCUCCAUGAAGCCCUCUCAAAGCCUGGCAAAUCUGUAAUGAUUCAAAACAUGAAGCCAUCAGUCACAAUGUAUGUGUUCGUGUCCAGCACCUUUUACUACAUCCAUUCUACAUUCAACACACUAGACAUCAUAUGUUUGUUAGCCAUAUACUGUAGCUGGGGCAAAUGAAGCAAGGUCAUUCUUCACACUUCUUGCAGAUUAAGAUAAUAUUUUGUACUAUUUAUAUUGCACUAUUCCUUUAAAGCAUCUUGUUUUUGAAGUACGAUAUUGUUAUACUGCAAUUAUUAUUUUACAAUUUUGAAGAGACUUUAAUUCCUGUCUGUUUUUUAAUGGACAGUAUCCUCUGGAGACUGCUGUGUAUUCAAAAUCAACAAUAAAUUUGAAUCAUGGCUGAACACUA